AUGCGCAUUUUACUUAUGUUAUUACUUACACAUUUUGCAACGUCAGCAGUAACUGAAAACCCGUUGCUAAUGACAACUGGAAAUUCUGAUCAGAUAGCAAAAACGGCUGAGUGCGUUUUAAAACUAUCCGCAAAGUACUUCGUGGAGAGAAAAGCACUAAGCGGCAGCAUAGUCAUUAUCAAUGUUAACUCUUAUUCGUCUACUACACAAGGGCUACUUUUGAAAACCAUACAUAGCAGCAUAAAAUACUCUGUUAUGGCGAAGGACUCUUUUUACCCGCAUGCGAACGCAUCCCAUUUCCCGGAGAAAGCCAAAAAUUAUAUGUUGAUUCUCGAAGAGAGAACUGAGUUAAAGCGGAACAUAUUUCAACUGAAUAAGUUGCCUAGUUGGAAUCCAUUAGCUAAAGCUGUAGUUUUUUACCAAAUCAAAGGAAACGAGAGUGCGCAACGAAUCGCCAUCGAGUUUAUAAACGAACUGCGAGAACACAAAUUUUUCAGGAGUAUAAUAUUCAUAAAUAAUGGAACGGAGUCUGGUGUUACGUCUUAUACCUGGCGACCGUACAGUGAAAAUAAUUGUGGUGGAAAAUGCGACUCUGUGUAUGUGCUGGAUCGGUGUAAAAACAAUUUCGUAGAACAGAUUGAACCUCAACCCGAAUGGUUUCCUUCGAACAUGAAUGGCUGCCCGUUAACCACAUACGCUAUUGUUUCUGAACCGUAUGUUAUGCCCCCAAUCAGAAAAAUCCCGAAUGCCAAAUUCGAUGACGUUUACGAAUUCCAGAAAGGUGGAGAGACUAAUUUAGUGAAAACAAUCGCAGAGUUCUCCAAUAUGACAUUAAUUGUGCGAUUAUCAGCUAUAGAAGAAAAUUGGGGUAUCAUCUAUGCGAACGGAACAGCCACCGGGGCUUAUGGCGUAUUGAGAAAUGAUUCUGUCGAUAUAGUUUUUGGGAACAUUGAAGUUACCAAACAAAUACGAAAAUGGUUUCAUCCGACAAUCAGUUACACUCAAGAUGAAAUCACUUGGUGUUUACCUAAAGCCGGUCAAGCCUCUGCCUGGGACAACUUAGUCAUUAUAUUCCAAUGGACAAUCUGGGUGGCGACAUUCACUAGUCUCAUUUUGAUGGGCUUACUUUUUCACUACAUGUAUUACAGAGAGAAGAAUAAGAAAAUAACUAAAUGGCCAACGAAUUCAUUACUUAUGACUUUCAGUAUGCUAUUAGGAUGGGGUUCGCAUUUCGAACCGAAAACCGCCACAUUCCGCAUUUUGAUCUUCGGUUGGCUGUGUUUCAGCAUAAACAUGGGGAUUUCGUAUGAGUCGUUCUUAAGAAGUUUCCUAAUGCACCCCAGAUUCGAGAAACAGAUAGCUACAGAGUCAGACCUGAUUCAAUCUGGAAUCCGUUUUGGCGGUAGAGAGAUUUAUCGUACCUAUUUCGAAUCUAAUGAUGCUUCCUCGUCUUAUUUGCACACCGAGUAUAGCUCCACUACGUUUUCUGAGGGGAUAAGGCGUGCCGCUUUGAAUCGCGAUUUCGCCGUCGUGUCUUCAAGGAGACAGGCUGAGUACCAAGAUCAGAAAUUAGGGAAAGGUGCGUCGUUGAUUUAUUGCUUCCCUGAAAGUGAUAAUUUAUAUAAAUACAGCGUCGUAUUGUUGGCUAGGAAAUGGUUUCCGAUGUUGGAAAGGUUCAACGGUAUAAUACGUAGCGUUUCCGAGAACGGUUUGAUAAAUAAAUGGAACGAUGAGAUGUUUAUUCAUAGGGUUUCGUUGGAGGGAGCGAGUACUAUUGUGCCGUUAAGCAUUCAGCAUUUGUUGGGAGCGUUUAUGUUUAUUGGUUUCAUGUACGGAACUAGUGCUUUUAUUUUUCUUGUAGAAGUCUUUGUUGGUUUCGUGCAAAGGAGAGCUUUCUUAUCGGCGUUUUUCUGUGGAAAAAAGAAACGUUUUUCAGCUGUUUUUAAAGUUAAAGUGUAG